AUGUCAUCCAACAACAAUACUAAUCUGGGUGGUGGUUCCAAUGGAAGCGUUGCUAGCGGGGGCUCAUCAGCAGGCGCUGGCUAUGGUGGAAAUGGAAAUGGCAACAGCAGCAAUGGAGUUCCCAGUUCGGCAGUUGAUGAACUAUCUCCGCAAAAAUUACCAUAUGUCAUCAAGAGAUAUAAACAGGAAGUAACACUGGCCAAAAACAGUGCCCUUAGUGAUUCUCAAAAGGCCCUCCAUGCAAAGAAUGCAGAGAAAUUAAAGGCAUUGUUAGUGCAAUAUCAACGGGCCCAUCCUGAAAUUUUUGCAACAGUUCUUUCCAACAAGAACAUGGCAAGUUCCUCACACCCAAGCAAUAACACACAAUCACAUGGCGGAACUCCUGUCAGUACUUCUGCUAUCCCUUCGAGCUCUGUGUCUCCUGUUUCGACCCCAUCAUAUUUACAAAACUCAAACUCCAGAUCAGCGAGUGGUAGUGUGCCCCCAAGCACUCUUACUUCAAGUCUUUUGAGACCUGGAUCAAGCCCAUCGUUAACUGAAAAAAACAAGGAAAUAAUACAACGAUCAAAAGAAAUAUUGGAUCAGGAAUUGGAGAAAUACAACAAAUUGAAGGCUCAGCAUAGUAGAGUGACCGAAAACAUUCAAAAAAUCAACCAAAUUUUGGCAAACUCUGCCAAUGUUAUUGAUCAAGAAACAAAGGCCAAAGCAUUGAAUCAACAACGUGAGUACCAGGUAGAAUUUGAAAGAUUGAAGAAAGAAUUGGGCAACACGAGUAGCAAGAUGGAAAAACUUUUGAUGGCGCAUAGAGCAAUGACCGGUCAGAGUCCGAUUUCCAUUCCUCUGCAUUCUGCUAGUGGCGCUUCCCUUAAUAUUUCCAGUGGCGUUAACUCAGGGAUGAAUUUCACAAACACAAAUAGAAGUACGAUGGCAUCGAUGGUUCCUAUUGUCCCUAACUCCUCCAGCAUUAGUCAGACGAUAAGCCAUCAAACAAACCGACCAUUAUCUGCUGCAGCUGUUCGAUCUGAUUCAGGCCAACCAUUCUCAUUCAGUACUGUGAAUUCCAAUGCUGCGAUAAAUGCCAAUAUUAUCAAUAAUAACAAGAAUAACAUCAUCGCUGGCAAAAACACCAAUAAUAAUAUCAAACAUAAUAACAGUAAACCGCAAACCAUGUACAAUCAACAGCCAACCCAACAGUUACCUCCACAGUCAUUACACCAGUCACAUCCACAAAUACAGCAGAAACCUCCAACGCAAACACCAAAUAGCUCCGUAGCUCCUGUCCCAACUUCAAAUCAAGCCCCGGCAGCUCCUGCCUAUGCACCUUACAAUGCCCAACAGCCGAUUUUCUCAAAACCGCAGUUAAUGAAUUACUUGAAACAAAUUACCCUUGAAGAAAAGGUCUUGUUGUCAACAACUCUGGUAAAUAAUAAGGUAAUUGUCGACCCGGAUGUUGAGAAUUUGGCUGACGAAUUGAUCAAAGAUUUUCUCGAUGAGGUAAUUGAUUUCUCUUCGAAGCUUGCAAGACAUAGAAAUGCCAAGACUCCUAACAACCAAAAGAAUAACGAAAUGAAUCUCAGUGACUUGAAUCUAAACUUGGAACGGAAUUGGGGAAUAAUUGUUAAUGGGAACCCUGACGUGGGAACAAGUGGGAACAACGGUAGUGCCGUUAACUCGCUAGAAAGAAUAAGGAGAAGUAGAAAGAGAAAUUAUGCCCCAACAGAAACGUAUAUCAAUAAGUUACGAAAGGUCUACUCUAAAAAACCAUGA